AUGUCGAGCAGCCAGUCGGGCUCGCAGCCCCCCAGGGGCAUGCCCAUAUUGUCUGGACCACCGCCAGUGACAGAAUCACAGAACUGCCGACAAUGCACCAAGCCCUUCAACCUCCUCCUUCGACGCGCCCAUACCUGCGGUCACUGCGGCUACGAGUAUUGCUCCACCUGCCUGUCUGAUGGGCAGGCUCUGAUGCCUCGGCGGGGUACUCAGGCUGGACCAUCGAGCUCUACAGCGCGGACUGGCGGGACGAGCGGUAGUCUUGGCGGAGGAGCAAGUGGAUUCUUCGCGGAGCUCAAGGAGGGAUUCAGAGAUGUGGUUGGAAUGGAUGAGCCGGCAGCGCCAGGGUAUGAGGUUGAGAAGGUGUGCUUGCCCUGUCUAGGGAUGCUCCAAGUGACUUCUGCGCCAAUACCCUCGCUCCGGUCUCUACCGCUCAAACGGCUGAAGGACUACCUCGCGGCGUACAAUAUACCCUUGAUAGGGCCGAAAGAGAAAGAAGACUUUGUUCAGGCGGUUGUGAAGGCGCGGAAUUCAGCUACGGGAUGUCUGUCGCCAGAAGCUGAGAGCUACUAUCGUCGAAAGUCCGUGCCCAAAGGUGGUCAAGUACCUACGUCAGCCCCGACCGCCGUACCUCUCCCUCGCCCUGCUCAGCCACAACAAGCCGCCCGACCACCUCCCCAGCAGCAGCAGUACCGCCCGACCCCUCAGGCGGCCCCACAAGCCCAAUACCGUCCACCGCCCCAAUUGUCGCCGCGACCGCCUCCUGCCGCUCCCCGUCCUGCUGCUCCCUCCCCAAGAGCGACGCCCGCCCCACCAAAAGUCAAAACGCCUCCUCCACCCGUACCGACUAUCCUCUCUCUCGUCAGUCUACCGAAGAGCUAUCUCGCCAGUCUGAGUAUCGGGACACUCAAGGCGGUCCUGUAUGAGAAUCAUGUGAGGGUGGACUUCAAGCAAGUGCUCGAAAAGGAAGAGUUGAUCAACCGUGUACACGAGCUCAUCGUGGAUGAGCGGAAACGACUCGAGCGACAACGGGUGGAGGAUGAACGAGAGGCCAAUCCCGCUCCGAUCACGCUGCACCUUCAGCCGGAGGACGGGGCAGAGGGUACGGAGGUUCCAGCGGAAGGAGGCGAGGUGGAGAAAUCAGUACCUACUGGUCCGAUGCCCGAGAUCGAGCGCGGGCUAUGUGUGGUCUGUCAGGACGAAGAGGCGACGCUGGCGGUGGUGGAUUGUGGGCAUUUGGCUAUGUGCGCGCAUUGCUCGGAUCUCAUCAUGGCCACCAGCCAAGAAUGCCCGCUUUGUCGGACGAGGAUAGUCACACCUCAACGGCUGAUACGUAUCUACCGGGUCUGA